AGGUGGCGGUAAAGCACUAAUAAGUAUGCCGUCCGCCGUAGAAGAAGAAGAAGAAGAAAACUAGAAGGAAAAGUACACACCACUAGGCUAGCCCCAUAACACUGAGAUCUUUAUGAAAGAAGACCGAAAACAUGACUGCUCCAGAACCAUGUGGAAUAAAACAGGAAGAUACUGAACAACAAAUAGACCUGGUAGAGAACAGGGAGAGUGAAGAGGGGGAGAACCAUCAUGUCAAAACUGAAGAAACCUCCUGGAAACAUCCUUCAUUCAAGCAAAAUUUGGAUAUUAACACGAAAAGUCAUCUUGAAGGGAAGCAAUAUGCUUGUGAUCCGUGUGAAAAGACUUUCCCAAUAAAACGUAACCUUACGAAACACAUAAAUUUCCACACUGGAGAGAAGCCACAUGCUUGUGAACAUUGUGGGAGGAGAUUCAGGCGAAAAGAAUACCUUAAUGCACACCUAAAAAUCCACACUGGAGAGAAGCCGUACACAUGUGGUCAGUGUAAGAAGAGUUUCAGACAAAAAUCUGCCCUUAAUGUACACAUGAGGAUCCACACUGGAGAAAAACCAUACACAUGUGAACAAUGUGGAAAGAGUUUCAGACUCAAGCAACCCCUUAACAAUCACAUGAGGAUCCACACUGGAGAGAAGUUAUAUACAUGUGAUCAGUGUAGGAAGAGUUUCAGACUUAAGCAAAGUCUUGACAGGCACAUUAUGAUCCAUACAGGAGAGAAGCCGCACACAUGUGUUCAGUGUGGAAAGAGUUUCACACGAAAAGAAAACUUUAAUGCACAUCUUAAAACCCACAGUGGAGAGAAGUUGUACACAUGUAAUCAUUGUGGAAGGAAUUUCAGUAAAUACUAUAGUUUUAAAUUACAUCUGCUUGUUCAUUCUAGUGAAGGACUAAAGAACUGUAACCAAAGCAGUAGAGAAUUUUUUAGGGCAGGUUUCCUGAAGGACCACCUGAAAGUUACAACAGACAAACCUCAUGUAUGUUAUUUAUGUGGAAAGAGUUUUAGUCAGAUGGUUGCACUAAAGAUACACCAGAAAAGACACAGUGGUGUAAAGGAUCAUUCUUGUUCUGAGUGUGAUAAGACAUUUUUUACAGAUGCUGAACUAAAAGUGCACCAGACAGUUCACUCUACAGAAACGCCUUACAAGUGUUCACACUGUGACAAGAGAUUCAAACGGUCAGGAUAUCUGCAAAUACAUGAGCGGAUCCACACUGGAGAGAAGCCGUAUACAUGUGAUCAGUGUGGGACAAGCUUCAGACUAAAAGAACUGCUUAAUGAACACAUGUACAUCCACACUGGAGAGAAACCUCCCACAUGUGAACACUGUGGGAAGAACUUUAAGCAAAAAGCACACCUUGAUAGACACAUGAGACUCCACACUGGAGAGAAUCUACACACAUGUGAUCAGUGUGGGAAGGGUUUCUUAGAGAAAGGAAACCUUAAAGACCACAUGAAUAUCCACACCGGAGAGAGGCCGUACUCAUGUGAUGAAUGUGGGAAGAGUUACAAAAAUAAUGGAAACCUUUUAGUGCACAAGAAAAGCCACACUGGGAAGAAGCCACACACAUGUGCUCAGUGUGGGAAGAGUUUUGCAGAAAAGGCAAUCCUUAAUGAACACAUGAGGAUCCACACUGGAGAGAGGCCAUACACGUGUGAUCAGUGUGGGAAGAGUUUCACCCAAAGAGGAGCUCUUAUUACACACAAGAGAACCCACAGUGAAGAGAAACCAUAUAUCUGUGAUCAGUGUGGGAAGAGUUUUAAGCAAAAAGAAAGUCUUUGUGAUCACAUGAAAAUCCACACUGGAGAGAAACCAUACACAUGCGAUCAGUGUGGGAAGAGUUUUGUACGAAGAGUAAGCUUUUAUCUACACAAGAGAACCCACACUGGAGAAAAACCAUACUCCUGUGAUCAGUGUGGGAAGAGUUUCAGGCAAAAAAGAAGCCUUCACGAUCACAUGACAAUCCAUACUGGAGAGAAACCUAAUACCUGUGAUCAGUGUGGGAAAAGUUUCAAACGAAAAGAAAAACUUCAUGAUCACAUGAGGAUCCACACUGGAGAAAAACCAUACGUAUGUGAUCAGUGUGGGGAGAGCUUCAGACUAAAAGAAAUUCUUAAUCGACACAUGAGGAUCCACACUGGAGAGAGGCCUUACGCAUGUACACAAUGUCAUAGGAGUUUCAGACUAAAAGAAAUUCUUAAUCGACAUAUGAGGAUCCACACUGGAGAGAGGCCGUACACGUGUGAUCAGUGUGGGAAGAGUUUCACCCAAAGAGGAGCUCUUAUUACACACAAGAAAACCCACAGUGAAGAGAAACCGUAUAUCUGUGAUCAGUGUGGGAAGAGUUUUAAGCAAAAAGAAAGUCUUUGUGAUCACAUUAAUAUCCACACUGGAGAGAAACCAUACACAUGUGAUCAGUGCGGGAUGAGAUUUGUACGAAGAGUAAGCUUUUAUCAACACAAGAAAACCCACACUGGAGAGAAACCAUAUUCCUGUGAUCAGUGUGGGAAGAGUUUCAGAAGAAAAAGAAACCUUCAUGAUCACAAGACAGUCCACACUGGAGAGAAACCAUAUACCUGUGAUCAGUGUGGGAAGACUUUCAGAAGAAAAAGAAAUCUUCAUGUUCACAUGACAAUCCACACCGGAGAGAAACCAUAUUCCUGUGAUCAGUGUGGGGAGAGUUUCAGACAAAAAAGAAGCCUUCAUGAUCACAUGACAAUCCACACUGGAGAGAAACCAUAUACGUGUGAUCAGUGUGGGAGGAGUUUCAAACGGAAAGCUAAACUUCAUGAUCACAUGAGGAUCCACACCGGAGAGAAACCAUACACAUGUGAACAAUGUGGGAGGAGUUUCAGACUAAAAGAAAUGCUUAAUCGACACAUGAUUAUCCACACCAGAGAGACGCCUUACUCGUGUGAUCAAUGUGGGAAGAGUUUCAAGAAUUUAAGAAACCUUACAAAACACAUGAAUAUCCACACUGGAAAGAAGCCAUGCACAUGUGAUCAAUGUGGGAAGAGUUUCAUACAUAAAGGGGCACUUAAUAGACACAUGAUGAUCCAUACCGGAGAGAAGCCUUACACAUGCAAUCAGUGUGGGAAGAAUUUCAGACUUCAGCAAUCUCUUAAAGAGCACAUGAGGAUACACACUGGAGAGAAGCCGUACACAUGUGAACAAUGUGGGAAGAGUUUCAGACUUCAGCAACCUCUUAACGAACACAUGAGGAUCCACACCGGAGAGAAGCCGUACACAUGUGGUCAGUGCAGAAAGAGCUUCCGAAAAAAAGUGAGUCUUAAAACUCACAUUAAUCUCCACACUGGAGAGAAGCAAUACACAUGCGGCCAAUGUGGAAAGAGCUUCAGACAAAAAACUACUCUUAACAAACAUACCAGGAUCCACACUGAAGAGAAGCCUUACACAUGUGACCAGUGCGGGAAGAGUUUCAGACGAAAAGAAGACCGUGAUAUGCACUUAAAAACCCACACUGGAGAGAAACCAUACACAUGCGAUCAAUGUGGGAAGAGCUUCACAAGAAAAGGAGCCCUUAACAUACACAUGUGCAUCCACACCGGGGAUAAGCCACACACAUGUGAUCAAUGUGGGAAGAGCUUCAGACGAAAAGAAAACCGUGAUGAACACUUAAAAAACCACACUGGAGAGAAACCAUACACAUGUGAUCAGUGUGGGAAAAGUUUCACAAAAAAAGGAGCCCUUAACGUACACAUGUGGAUCCACACUGGAGAGAAGCCAUACACAUGCGGUCAGUGUUCGAAGAGCUUCAGACUGCAAUCUACCCUAAAAAAACACACAAGGAUCCACACUGGAGAGAAGCCGUACAAAUGUGAACACUGUGAAAAGAGUUUCACACAAAAAGGAGCCCUUAACAUACACGUGUGGAUCCACACUGGAGAGAAGCCAUACACAUGCGAUCAGUGUUGGAAAAGCUUCAGACUAAAAUCUACCCUUAAAAAACACAUAAGGAUCCACACUUGAGAAGCUGUACACUGUGAUCACCUUGGAAUCAGAAAGACUAGAAAAUCGUGACCAAAGCAGUAGAAAAUCUUUUAGGGCAAAUUUUCUGGAGGACCACCUGAAACUGUACAUAUGUUAUUAAUGUGGAAAGUGUUUUAGUCAGUUGGUUGUAUUAAAGAGACACAGCGGCGUAAAGGAUGCUUGAGUGUGGGUAGACAUCAGAUUUAUCAGUAUUCUUAUUGAUUGUGUCGGUUUUGGAGUUGCAAAUUAAGUGAUUUCCUUCAAUGAAAUCCUUCAAAGUUUUGUGACAGUGCCUUUCUAAUAAACUUUGAGUAAACUGAA